CUCGUGGGGUUUAGAGGGAGGGAGUAGGAGUGAAAGUGGAUCAAUACGAACGUUUGACCUGCCUGCUAGCGUACGCUCGAGUCUCCUUCCUAAAGUCGUACCAUGCGUUCCAUCAGAGAACGCGAGCGUGCCGCGUUUCGACUUAAUGAAACAACUAAGUGAAUCCAUAUGUGAAAAAUAAGUGAACUUUCCUAGACUUUCCUAAUCGAGAUCGUAAUGAAUCCUAUUACAAUAACUUAUAUUGCAAGUAGACGUAUCGAAAGGGCGUCCACCUAAAUUCAAGUUCGUAGAAUGCCAUGGCUUAGGCUCUUACGAUGGACCAUUUUGGUACCACUCGUAUUAUACGUUUCUUUUUUAAUCGUUUGGUACAAGAAGAACGUACCUCUGAGAAGUUCGGGAUCGAUCUCGAAGCACGAUGACGGUGAUAAGGAAGGUUCCGCGAUCGAGAGCCUAUUUUUCGAACUGGAAACCGCGACUGAAAAAAAGCUACGAAAUCGUUAUGAGAACCUUGGCUUCGAUCGUAGGGACGAAGAGACUAUAAGGGAGGUAGAGGAAAUGGAGAAUCGCGAUGAUCCGAAAACUUUGUUGGAGGAUAUUUUUCGAAGGGCGGACGUCGACGAAAAUCAAUUGUUAGAUAUUCAAGAGCUGGCCAAAUGGAUUCACAAUAAGAUCACGGAACACAUUAGUCGUGCUAUACAAGAGAACGUCGGUCUCUUCACUGCCAUCGACAAUAAUCCAAGAAACGGUAAGGAAGAGCUUGUGAACGAUUCUUUCUUUAUCCUUUCCUUGUUUUCUACUUGCUCUCGUAUAGGCAAAGUUUCCUGGGAAGAAUAUCACGCGCAUUUCCUACGAUCGCACGGUUUCCCAGAGAGUUACAUUCAGUCGCACGACAAAAGGCACAAGGAGAUGUCGCGAACCUUGAAGGAGAGUAUCAUGAGAGACAGAGCGAGAUGGACGGAUGCAGCGAGAAACGAUCCGGAGAAAUUGACCCUUGACGAGUUUUUGUCCUUUACUCAUCCGGAGAGCAGUCACGGGGCACUUUUGCAAAUGGUGGAGGAUCUUUUUGACAAAUUUGAUCGCGACGGAGACGAGCAAUUGACGGAGGAUGAAUUUUCGGAUUUGCCGUCCGAAGGUGUCGGCCUGGAACUCGACGAGGAUCGACAUCAAACGGUCGGAGGUAGCACCGAUAGGCGAAAGGAGUUCCGUUAUCUCAUCGAUAGAAAUAAAAACGGAAAGGCAGAUCGUACCGAACUCUUGAUGUAUAUUGAUCCACGGAAUCCAAGGCACGCGAUUCAAGAGGCUCAACAUUUGAUCAGUCUCUCGGAUAUAAAUCUCGACGGGAAAUUAAAUCUCUCGGAGGUUUUGAGCAAGACCGAUCUCUUUUUGUGCAGUAAAAUGGUCGACACCGAGAAAAGCUUUCACGACGAGUUCUGAUGAUUUGUGAACGAUAUACUAUGAACAACUAAGACAAUACUCUUUAAUUAGUCUCUGAGAACGUAUCUGUGAUAGUCUUCUCGACUUAGAAUAUCAUUUCAUUGAUAUAUUUAUUAAGAUAAUCUAUUACUGUAAGGAAAUCUAAUCUCCCCGUGUUGCCGGCACCACUUAAGAUAUAAAAGAUAUUCUUUUAUUCGACAAGUUACUAUUUAUUACAAUUAGCUUAUAAUAACAAUUCACAAUCUGUCACACUCACUCUGACCUCAGAAAAGGCGCGAAACCCGCGAAUAUCCUCACUCUCUAAUUGCUCGAUUCUUCUACGCUCCCUUAUAAGUUUCUGCCCCCACCCUGCAUCCCUGAGGAAUGGACCAUCCUCCGUAUCGUUCUCGAAUUUUCCGAUAUCGCUCGAGAACCUUCUAGACUCACACAGACUUACACACACAACUUACUUCUUUAUUUCGACCAUCGGGUCCUUUUCCCUGUAAUCCUUCGUCGCCUACCUACUUAUCUAUGUUUACUCUACAAUUACAUUAAAAAAGGAAAAAAUAUAAUUGCUCGUUUCGACGAAUAUCGAGAAGGAAUUGAGGAGUCAUCUUAGCGUUUAAUAUUUAACUUUAAGGAAUCGAUAAGUCCGUCCUUGUAUAAGUUUCUAUGUACAACAAUUUGGCGUUCCUUCUGAUUCUGCGAACUAUAACUAUCAUAGCGAAUACAAAACUGCGGGAACGUUCGAGCUUGCAAUUUCAAAUGCAUUUGUCGCUAUUACAAAAUAACUAAAAGAGAAUGUUUCUUUUUUUUUUUCAGGAAGGUAUAUGUAAAAGGAUAUACGUAGAAAGGUUCCUAUAACUUGUCACCACUUUUGUGUCUUUCUAUCGUAAUAAAAUCAUUUUUCUGAAAAUAUGUAUAUAUUUAAAUAAGUAUAUUUUCGAAUGCGUAUCAAUCUCACCUCUCGUCAUAUUUCUUUUCCAUUGUUUUAUUCAUAUUUUGGAUAUGACAAAUGGACCAAGCCAAGCUUUUUAUUAACAAUCGAUGAGUAUCGAUUCUACAAAGACGCGAGAAACAAAUGAUAUUGAUCAUUUUGGAAUGACUUAAAUUCGCGAGCACUUACAAUUUCGAUGAAAAUCAAGUAAUGUUUAAGCAGGUACCAACUACGUCAAAGAAAGAGAGAGAGAGAGAGGAGACGAAAAGAAUCAAUUUUUCAUGGAUAAUGUAAUGGAUAAUGUCUAAAUGAUUCUCUCACAACUAAUCGUUAUAUUGAUUUUUCUAAAAGAUAUAAGGACACUUUUGCCACGCAACUUUUUUAUAGUUUGCAGGUUGAACAAUGAUAAUAAUGAAUACGCAAUUAUCGAAAUUAAUUUGAACAUAAGCUAAGAUGAUUAGUUGAAUAAUCAUCGAAAUUGACGUGCUGCGAAUUGGCCAAUAUUUUCUUGAUCAAGCACACGAAUAUCCUCAUUGAAAAUAUUUAUAAAAUGCCAAAUCAUCUUUCACUGGACCACAUCGUACAUUCGACAAUAUUAUUUCUUAUUUCUACGUGGGUGCACAUAAAAGUUAUAUGACAUAUACACACACCUAGAAUAAAAAAGAACUCGACGAUUCGGUGCAAUACGUAUGGGUAUACGUAUAUGCAGACUCCUUAACAAAUAAUGAAUCUCUCGCAGACCGUUGCGUCGAACGUAUAUAUAUAUAUAUAUAUAUAUAUAAUUAUAUUUAUAUUAUUAAUAUUAAAUAUAUAUAUUAUAAUAUAGGUAUGUGUACAUACGUGCAAUUAUUCAAUAGCCACUCGUCCGUCUAUAUUCGAUCUACGUAUUUCCACGAAUUUUCUAUAUAGUUUUUUUUUUUUUUUUUUUU